UUCGUGCAAUCCCAAGACGUCGACAUUAGCGCUGCUGAAAACAUGACGUCGCAACUGGUCCGUCGUUUCCUCGUCCAGCUGUUUACUGACAUGAAUUGAUGAACGGAUGGAAAGCGUACCGGGCACGAAGGCUUUCUUCACGAUGCUCGCCGUCAUGGUGAUGGGACCAGAGGAACACCACAUGCAGCACAGAGACAUGGUGUUGGAGCCGGAGAGAGGAGCCUGCAGACAACACAGUGGAACAUCUGGGCAAUGGACAUAAAUGUUAGCUCUGUACGUGUACGAGUACCUGCUGCACGUAGGAGCACAGAAGUCAGCACAGACCUUCCUCUCAGAGAUCCGAUGGGAGAAGAACAUCACAUUAGGAGAACCUCCGGGGUUUCUCCACUCAUGGUGGUGUGUCUUCUGGGACCUGUACUGUGCGGCUCCAGAGAGAAGAGACACAUGUGAACACUCCAGUGAGGCCAAGGCCUUCCAUGACUACAGCGCGGCAGCAGCUCCCAGCCCCGUGCUGGGGACCCUUCCCCCGGGAGAGGGUAUGCCAGUGGGGCCAGUCCCUCCAGGGUUCUUUCAGCCGUUUAUGUCACCUCGAAACCCUGGAGGACCCAGACCACCUCUCCGAUUACCCAAUCAGGGACUUGGGGUCCCGGGAGGCCAGCCUAUGUUACCCAGUGGUAUGGACCCCACAAGACAGCAAGCACAUCUAAAUAUGGGAGGGCCGAUGCAGCGGAUGACUCCACCCAGAGGCAUGGUACCGCUCGGGCCCCAGGGUUACGGAGGUGGGAUGAGACCACCGCUGAACGCCCUGGUUGGUCCCGGGAUGCCUGGUAUGAACAUGGGACCUGGUGGGGGUAGACCGUGGCCAAAUCCUCCAAACUCCAAUUCGACCCCUUACUCGUCUGCAUCUCCAGGAAGUUAUGUGGGACCUCCAGGAGGAGGGGGGCCACCAGGGACCCCAAUUAUGCCAAGUCCAGCAGAUUCAACCAACUCCGGCGACAACAUGUACACGAUGAUAAACACAGUCCCUCCAGGUGGAAGCCGACCAAAUUUCCCGAUGGGUUCAGGUGGUGACGGUCCACUCGGGGGAAUGGAGCCCCAUCACAUGAAUGGGUCUUUAGGUACAGGGUCAGGCGAUAUGGACAGUCUCCCAAAGAACUCUCCUGGGAACAUAAGUAUGAGUAACCAGCCCGGCACCCCCAGAGAGGAUGGAGAGAUGGGAGGAAACUUCCUCAACCCUUUUCAGAAUGAAAAUUAUUCUCCAAACAUGACGAUGAGCGUGUGAAGGCUCUGGAAAAGCAGGUUUGGUUCAGUUGCCUAGUAACCUGGAUCAGUAAAAAGCAGAGAGACGGGAUGUGAUGUCAUCUAGGCCGGUGACUCUUCCUCCACCACCACCGCCGGCCUAGACAGGACAUUUGCCGUCGGCCCUGUCCUCCUCCUGUCCCCCGACCCCACCCCUCCAUUGUUUCUGCUCUUCUCUCCUAUUCCUUCUCCCGUUCAAAGUGGUGACUCUGCUACAUUCAUCAGUUCUUCCUCUGCAACUAAGAGACUGUACAAAGAAACCAAAUUGAAACAACCUGCAGGGGAACUCCUUGUAUAUUUGCAAACAGUGUGUAUGAGUCACAUCUGAUAUCGUUUGUCUUUUCUUAAGAAUAGAAAAGAUAAUUGGAGACACGUCACAGUCAUAAUACCAGGAGGUUUACUUCUUUUCAACGUCUGUGUCCUCUAAAUCUUUCAAGCCGCCGACAUUGUGUUUUUUAUUUUAUACAAUGGGUCGUUUUUUAUUUUAAAUUCCCAAACUCAAAACAAAGAGUUUGCUGUUUACUCAUGAUUAAGGCCUCCACACCACCUAGAAUGUGUCUGCAUUUUAAAUAUGAAGUCACAUUGAAUGGUAAAAAAAAAAGAGAAGGUGUGUUUAAUGCUUAAAGCGAAACUAUGCAACUUGUGUUGGUCGUAGUAAAAAAGUAAAAACGACAGUAUGCUAAAAUUGACCAAUAGUGAGACUUUGACUUCCACUCUCUUUGAAGAGGAAACUUCAAAUUUCAAAAGUUGCAUAGUCAUGCUUUAAACCUUUACCGGGCGAGAGCAUCGACACAAAGGUCCCAUAGAGCGAUGUCACAUGUCACCAAACCGAGGGGACACUGAACCUUGCUGUCAUACUAUAUGUGAUGUUGAUUUUUUCUUUCUUUCUGUUGCUAAAUCCUCUCCCAUCUCAAGUUAUUUCAACUUUUAUCCAAGUGAGUUAUCAUUUUACAUAUUGGAGUCACAGUUGCAUAAUGGAUACGACGGCCCACAGUCUCAUACGUGACGUGUUCAAGAGAGACGGAGAGCAGAAAGACCGACGGACAGGACGAGAGGCAACGGCAAGACGCAAAGCUCGUGAAAUCACUCUGGUCACUCGUGCUUCAUCGCCAUCCGGAUAAACUGUGAUCUCAGCGUGACGUGAAAGGUCGGCUGGUACAGAAAGCAAAAAUAAGCUCGUUUUUGAUUCAUUAUUUCUCAAAUUCUUUCACUGCCCAAGAUGUGUUCUCGUCACGUAGAAAACGGUUGCCGUGCCUGUGGACAUUCUCGUCUCCUCUUCCUCACCGCAACGUGUACAGCUCACAAAUGUAGCUCCUCUGUCUUGUACGUGUGUUUUAUAUUAUUAUUAUUAUUUAAAGAAAAAUCUGGAGAUAAUUAUUGCAAAGGGAGGGGUGGACUGGUGACGCACCAUCCCGAUUGAACAGAGAUAUUUUAUUUGGUGUUUGUGUUAGAUUGAAGCCAUAACUGAGAGUAUAAGAAGAUGCAUUUGUACAUUGGAUCAUGUUUUCUGUUUCGUGGCAGUACAUGGGACUUCAUUUGUGAUGUUAAUUUUCUCUUUUUUAUUCUUGUAUUAUGUUUUUGUAAAUACACAGAGAAGUAUUUCAUGGGUUUUGAAUAUGCUACUAUAAAGCUUCUCUUCCCGUA